UGCAGCUGCACACACACCUCGAACUUCCUCCUCCUCCUCUCUCUCUUUUUACCUCCUCCUCUUCUUCAUCACUGCAGCUCUCCGACGGCAGGUCCACUGGAUGGUGGAGACCUUUUAUUCCUCCCUUCAUCAUACACAGAGAGAGAGAGAGAGAGAGAGAGAGAGAGAGAGAGAGAGAGAGAGAGAGAGAGAGAGAGAGAGCGCUGUCCGGGCUGUAGUUCGGGACGCGCGGGGGACUCCACGCAUUCUCCGGAUUUCAGUGGACCUCGGUCACCUCAGACUCCCUCUCCAUCUGCCGGACUGCUGCUGCUUUCAAAGUGGCGGCUGUGUUUGAGGCGGAGCGAGAAGAGCGGACAACUUGACUAUAGGCAAUAGAACCGAUUGGAUGAGAGGCCUGAUGUGGAUUUGUCAGAGAUGAACCGCGUCGAGACGAUGCGCUGAGACGCAAACGGCCCCCAGGCUCUCCGGUUGUGCGCUCAUCCAGAGGCUACAGCGAACCGAGAGAGAGAGAGAGAGGGAGAGAGGGGGGUGGACUGCGGAAGAAAAGAGAGAGGGGAAGAAAAAGAAGAAGAAAAAACCCCACACACAAGAGGUUUCUGAUCCGUAAAGGUUGUGCCUGACUCCAAACAGGAGCGAGUCUCGCCCCUGGAACAGGGGGCGGAUCAGCGGAGGGGAAGACGUCUAUCCAAACGAUGGCCACCCUACUGCGGAAGAUCGGUCUGAUCCGUCUGCACGACCGAGACACGGAGGAUCCGAAGCACCACCAGGGCUCGCUGAAGGGGACGAAGGGGAACCAGAAGAACAACGCCAACAAACACUGUCAGACCGCCAACGAGACCAACCUGCUGAGCACCCCGGAGAUCAAGGCGAGGAAGCUGGACCAGCACGGCAAGGACAAGCCGGCCGGCAAAGACAAGCAGGGCAAGGAUGCGAAGGAGAAGCAGCAGACGGUGGGAGGUGGAGGAGGAGGAGGAAGCGGUGGUGGUGGAGGAGGAGGAGGAGGAGGCGGCGGGAGCAAAGCCUCCAGCGCCUCCUCCGUGCCGCCGCUGGCGCCUCACCGGCAGCACUGCACCCAGGUGCGGACGCGGCGGCUGAUGAAGGAGCUGCAGGAGAUCCGGAGGUUAGGGGACAACUUCAUCACGGUGGAGCUGGUGGAGGACAACCUGUUCGACUGGAACGUCAAGCUGCACCAGGUGGACAAGGACUCGGCGCUGUGGCAGGACAUGAAGGAGACCAGCACCGAGUUCAUCCUGCUCAACGUCACCUUCCCCGACAACUUCCCCUUCUCGCCGCCGUUCAUGCGGGUCCUCACGCCGCGCCUGGAGAACGGCUACGUGCUGGACGGCGGCGCCAUCUGCAUGGAGCUGCUGACCCCCCGCGGGUGGUCCAGCGCCUACACGGUGGAGGCGGUGAUGAGGCAGUUCGCUGCCAGCCUGGUAAAAGGACAGGGCCGCAUUUGCAGGAAAUCAGGCAAGUCCAAGAAAGCUUUUAGUCGUAAAGAGGCCGAGGCCACGUUCAAGUCCCUGGUGAAGACCCACGAGAAGUACGGCUGGGUGUCCCCGCCCAUUUCCGACGGCUGAGUGUCCAGCCGUCAUCCCUCCACCCGCCCCGUGCUAGCUGGAGAGAAGAAGAAGAUAAAAAACAAAAGAAAAAAAACAAGCUAGCCUCGACACGCAAAACAACACACCACGCUAACUCAAAAAUGACUCAUCUUCACUUUUGGCUGUUUCACUCAGCAUUUUUUAUUUUGGUAACUUUUUUGCAUUAUUACUGUCACCACAGCACUGCAGAAGCAUUUUGUUUUGUCCUUGUUCUUCACCAUCUUGUCCAGGGAAUCUUUCUACUAGCUCAGAGAGGCAGGAGCGUGUCCGUGUCUGAAUGUUUCACUUUCAAAAAGAUAUCAGCUGGGAAUGUGCAUCACUUCCGUCUGAUUUAUUUAUUUUCCCUUUAUUUCAUUUUAUUUUCCCAGCACACACUUGCGUACGUGCAGCCGGAUAAAUCGGAUAUGCGAACUUUUUUUUCAACCCAUGUGAAAGACUACUGAAUAAAGGAGACUCAUCUUCCUCACCAGUCCCCUCUCUUUAGCACUGAACUGGCUACAACCAACCAUUCGUGUAGCUCUCGGGUCACUGACAUAAAAAUUAAGCCGUUAAUGUUUAAUAGACGGGCAGCGCGCUGGCAUUUAUGCCCACCUGUUCCCUCAUUCGUUUUUUUUUUCGUCUUUAUUUUUCUCCCUCUUGCUUUCGACUGUGCCGUUGCUCACGGCUCAAUGCAACCUAACGAUUGUAAUUUACAUGGAGCUGUGCUCUUACUCUUUCCUCUUUAACUUGCUUUGUUUCUCUUUCUCUCUCUUUCCUCCUCUCGUGGCUAAACUUAGAGCUGUGUUGCGUAGACGGAUUUUUAAGAAAAAAUGUCACACGUUGCUUUAUGUACGAUAAACAGAAUGACAGUCAGUCACCUUCUUUCUUUCUCUCUCUGCGUUCAUGUUAGCUUGUUCUGUAGGAGUGGAAGGAGGAUACAAUUCCCAUGAUUUAGAUACCAGAUGGUACAGCUGAAGGCCGGGCCUCGGUGUGUCUGCGUGCGUGUGUGUGUGUGUGUGUGUGUGUGUGUGUGUGUGUUUGCGAAGAGAAAACCCUUUAAACGGUGAAACACGUAACUGCGAGCAACGCGACGAACUCGAAGGGGUCGCUAACUUCUUUAGCUGAACCACUAGCCGUCUCGUCUCACCGUCUGUGUCAUUAUGGUAAACUUGAGUGGAGUUUCAACCACAGACGAUCUCUGUCGACCCUUCAUGUAAAGAAGAAAGUGUUAGCAGGAAAAAACCCAAACUUUUGCUCCACGCAGGCGUUUGACCUCACCGUAACGCCGGCGCUUUGAGUGAACGAAAGCAUUAGAGAACUCCUGAUCGAUGCGGAUGGGGAAGGGAAGAAGAAGAAGAAGCUCUUUGGUUACUUCCGGCUGCUGUUGGGAAAAUGUCAGGUGGCUGUGCAAAGUGGCUGAGCGACGGCCAUUAUUUGCUCCACCUGUUGAGACCUUGAGUUCCCUCCUUUCGAAAGGAGUUCCUCGGUGUCGGAAAUCGAGCGUGCAGCCGCAGUAUCGGCUACGGGCCUUCUGGGCAGAGUCCAGUCCGGCUUGUUUUGCUACGUUCCAGGUAAAUGUCAAAGGAAAGGCCGCUAAUUGGUCUGACAUUUCCACAGACCGUCGUUAGGAAAGAGCAGGAGGACGGAGGACGUCAACCUGCCGCUCGGAACUGACACGUCGUCACUUUCCUCUCCCAUUUCGCUUUCGAGGCGAGGGAGCGCCCGCUGUGGCAAUAUGUAGCUAAAUGAUGAGAUGAAUUGUGAUUGGCGGCCGACAGCAAAUGAAAUAAAGCGAAAAAAUGGUUAACGGAGACAGAAACAGCGACACCGUCUGGUAUGUGAUCAUGUACGAAAGCGUGCUAGUGAUUUUUUGUUGUUUUUUACGAGUUUGGCUCGUCAUUUCAGACAAAACUGUAAUCUGAGUAAUUGUUACAACAAAAUAUCUCAAAAAGCUGAGUGUUUGCUGGUUUCAAGAGAAACCUUUUUUUGUGACAUAGUUUAGACUGGUAGUUUGCAGAAACUAACUGGGUGAACUGACUAUUUGUAAUAUAUCUGCAUGUGUUACGUGAUUGGUAGCUAGCUACUGUAUAUCGUUUUUUUUUCAAGAAAAAGCAAGAAAAACACAGAGAAAACAAAAGCGCAAAUGCUUCUCUUUUCUGUUGAUUUAAUUUAUAUUAAUUUUUUGUUCUUUUUGUUGGGUCCUGUACUGUUUGGGCUUUCUAUUUCUUUCUGGGGGGGAAAAAAAGUCACAUCGUGUUACAUUGAAUGUCUGUGUUUUAAUUUAUCUGUGGUUUGCCAAAACGAUGAUUUUUGAAGCAUGUUGCAGGAAUUGUUGCCGGAAAAUGAGAAGAAACAAACAAACCAACAAAAAAAAAAAAGAAAAAAAAAGAUAGCUUAUGUAUUUGUGCGAUAGGAGGAAGGUGUGAUUUCGUUGGGGGUGAAAAAAAGACUACGGGAGUGCAACACAUUCACUCGCUCCUUCCUGCUCCCCUCCGUGACGCCACCACAGCCCCUUCCCCGUUGGUCCUAAUCGACUGACUUAAUUCAUCUUUAAAUGGUUGACUCGAGUCAACACAGCCUGGACGCAGGCGACCCUUAGCAACAGGUCUAGGAUCAGUAACUUCUCAAGGGAAUCUGACCCGUGAUCCGCUUACUUGCAAGCGACUUCUUUUUUUUUUUUUUUUUUUUCUUUUUGUGUGUGUGUGUCCCACUCCUAGCUUGGAAGCGUUUGGUCAGAGACCAAGGUCUUAAAAAGUUCAAAAGGUGAGAGGUCGUUGCAAGACCAAACAGGAAUGUGCAAUAAAAAUGACAUCUUAUUGAAACCCGACUGAUCUGGUGGUUUUGUUUCUUAUUUUGAGUCCCGAGCUGCACUUUCAUGCAUUUUAAUGACCCACUUCAGGUUGCUGUGUCCUCUGCCCGGCCUCCCCUGCAUUGUCCCACUUUUGUGCUUGGUGGGGGCAGAGCUUAAAAACCCCCGUCGGUCGAGAAAGGGGCUGGAAGCACCAGCCCUCUGUGCUUUUAUGAGCCGCUUUGUCCAGCCUGAUGGAGAUUUGCUGUUUCUUCUGUGCGAACGGAGCAGCUGUCUUACCAUACUAGUCCAUUUUAGUUGGUGGGGGGGGACAAAAAAAUCUUGUUUGCGCAAGUGAUGGGGAGACGUUUUUUGGACUGAAUGUAUAAUUCAGGAACAGUGUGAAUUAUGUGGAAUUACUGAAUUGCAACGAUCGAAACUACACCAGACUGGAUGGGAACACCAAAGAAAAUGACAAAUGGUGUGUGCUAAAAGAACAAUAAAGUAUCAAAGAUUCUGUCUUGUUGGCAGUUGAUUGUUGUUAAAAAAAAACAAAAUAAAUAAAAAUGGCAGUUUUGUGUUAUUCA